AUGAGCACCGUGUCAGCCGCACAGAAAACGGUCCGCAACACAACCACAAAGCCCAUCUCCCAGCUCAGCCGCCGAUGGUACAGCAUCACCAGUGUCGCCGCAAUUGCCAGGUCUCGGACCCCAAUUAGUGGUGGCAAGAGCACCGCCGCACUCUUGCUGGGGACGCCGGCGGCCGGCUCUGGCUCCGAAACAAUACCGAACGCUGACUCUGCCGCGUGUCGAGGAAAUAGGAUGCCGCUGAGGCCAAACAUUGCGAAACUCGCCGCAACGCCCAGGCCCAUGUUGCUCCAAGUACUUGGUAGAACGGUCGACAGCAUGGUCGCUUGCUGGGUGUGGCCUCAAUGGUGGUUCGUUGACCGCGCACCAGCCACCGGAGGCUUAAUUAAUCAACAGAAUCCCGUAAUACGGCGCAAUAGGAUCCCGCUCUCAGAAGUCUCGUACGCUAGCGAAGUGCAAUUAGCUGCCAUGGCUCAGGGAUAUUCGAAAAGCCUCGCCCACGCUAAUAUUGCUCAAAGCAAGAGGACAUUUAUCGCAUAUCUACUCCGUAUUUACUCCGUAUCGGAUCAAUUACUGGACAAUGGUACGGCAAAGAAAGGUCUCCUUCGCCAUUUUAUCCUGCCACACGUGGUCAAAUAUCAAAUUCCACCACCCAGCCCCAUCAAGCUCAACUUCAAGCACAGCCGCUCUCUCUAUAAUUGCACGGUUCCCCUCUUCAGCCUGGCUCACCCUCCACAAUCCCAUGUUCCCCAGCGAAAGCAAGUCUCAGACCGCUCGCCGAAGUACUGCGGUGCCGUAUGGUGUCGUGCUGUCAUCGCGUUUGCGCUUUGCACCACUGGGCGCACAUCUCUCUUCACCCUCUCUCACCCCGCCAAACACGGCUCCUGGCCCUCUGCCCCUGAACCGAAGCAAUUGCUUUUCGAUGCCACGCCGGUCGGGGCAUGCAUCUGCGCAAACGCCGCUUCACAAGCCGUAUUCAACGAUGCACUCCACCCCCCGUUCUAUGGCUCGGAUGGUAUUGGCAUUGUCUCCGCCGGGGGGAAGCUACCCACAGAGUUUGGCGUGAAGCCUAACCCGUGA